UAUAUUUGCGCAGGGCCGUCCAAUAGGGCGCAGUAUCGUCCCGACCGUCGUCGCGUGCACAUGUCGCUUGUUGUGCCCGGACUUGUAAAACGCGCGUAAAAUCACCACCGUCGCCGUCGUCCCCCCCCCACCCCGAAUUUACAACACACCGUCCCGGUGCCUUCUCGCGAGGGUGAGAUCCACGCGAGACGCGUUUCCCAUCCUCUUCUCCUUCUGCCUCCUUCGUAUUCUCUAUCUUCUCUCUUUUUCUUCUCUCUCCCUUUCCGCCUCCAUCUGUCUCUUUAAAUCCCGUAUUCUUCAACCCCCUUCGCGCGCGUCACCGUACUCUAUAUAUUCGCACGGCAGAUAUAUAAACAACAGAGACAGAGACAGAGAGCGCGAGUCCGACCACGCACGAGGAUCGUGGAAAGUGUUGCGCUGCGAGACCAAAACGAAUGGGCCAGAGAUCGAUUGUCGGAGAAAACCAUAUCGCACUUUAAAGGAAACUGCAUAUCCUCGUGAUCUACGUUGUAUAUUACACUCCGUCGUUGCACAUCGUAUCGUAUAAUGCCUAUCUGGGUGAAGUUUAUCGAUAUCAAGCAACGCGAGCAUCUUCAAUGGACUCAAUCGUAAAACUUAGAUUACGAUCGAUGCGUCGCCAGAUUUGAGGACAACGCCGUGACAAGGGAGAGAGAAGCCCGACGAGGGAGGGCUUAAAAGGGGGGCUUCGAUCGGCUCGGAUACCGAUGGAGCCGUCCUGAUGUAAACCGCCAAACUACGCGGGGAUUACCCGGCCCGUUCGUCGGACUAAUUUCCACGGCAGACCUCGGCGAUUUCACGGAGCAGCGUUGCUACGCCGCUCUCUCAUCUUCCUCAACGGCGCGACAGACCCAGCCACUUCCACUUCCUCCACCCCACGUGGCCGCACCAUCACCUGAUAAGAGCUGGAGAAGCGGCCGCAGCCGCAGCCGCCUCGGAGCUCUGAGGAGCUGGAGGAUCUGCACAAGCUGUUGCACUUCCCCGAGGAGGUGGCGCUCAGGUUGACGGAAAGCGAGUACCAGCUGUUCUACCAGGUACCGCCGCACGAGUAUCUAAGGCACGUGGCGCAGGAUCAGACCACGUUGCAGAAACCACCUGCCAGGCCACCCCCGUCGCCGAGUCGCAGCAGCCCCAGCACCAUCAACAGCUCGACCCAAACCGAGGAUGAAUCUUCCUGGCCUGUCGCCACAGUGUAUUCGACCGUGCAGACCCUCAUCGAUCGCUUUAAUGAGGUAAGCUCAUGGGUCACUCACGCGAUCACCAGCGGUGCUACGAUAGAAGAGCGACAAGCGGUGCUGUCUUGUCUUCUACGCGUUGCGUUAACCUGUUGGAAUACCGGAAACUUUAAUUCAGCCAUGGAGAUAAUCGCCGGUCUGAAAUCCAACAAGCUAAAGCCGUUUUGGCAUAGCGUGAACGAGCCUAUACCGGUUAUGGAAUAUCUCUCCUCCGCCCUUCUGUCUUCCGAAUAUGAGCAUGCACUCGCUCGCGCUCUCGCGAUGCCGGAAUGUCCUGUGGUGCCAUUCUUCGGAGCCUUCCUGCGCGAGCUACGGGCAGUUAUUGCAUGCGAAACAAAGCCCCAGUACGAGUUUAGGGAUAAUCGCGAGACGCCACGUGGUAGCGUUAAGGAAAGCGAACCUCAAGAACACGUGCCUUUGUCUGCGCCGGCCACCAGGAUCGCCGUCGAGAGUAAUACUGAGACGCCGUCGGGAUGGAGUUCGAGGAGCGGAUCCUUGAACAAACCGGAGAACCCCAUAAUACACGACACAAAUUCCGUUCUCGACAAAGUCGCCCUCUUUCACAAGCAUCGACAUGCUCGUGGCAGAGACGCGACCACCGGUUCCCUCCAUCACACCCUAAGCGUCCACACGACCGCGAUCGAGCAAACGUACAUGGCGGAGGAAUGCGACGAGAACGAUUAUCAUCUUGAUUUGGACUCCUACAAGCCCGUACAGCCGAUCAAGAUCGAUCAUGGAGUCUCUUUGUUUCCUGUUGCCGCGCCACACACCGGCAUGGAUCUUCAUCUCCUGCAGAUACUACACCAUGGCACGACUUUAGUGCACUGGGACUGCGAGGGUGGUACUUCGAGAACGGCGUUGGUGUUCGCACGCGUCGAUCGCGCCUGCGGCACCUUCGUCUGGGAAAAACCACCCUGGAGUCCCCUGAAAACGGCGCAAGUCGGCGGUACCGCUGUCACAGAAUUUUCACUGACCUCGAACCCGGAGGACACGGUACCGGUGGGCCUAGUCAGCAGGUACGCGCAGCAGCCAGCUGAUUGCGCAUCUGUCACGCUAGAAGAGGGAUAUCUCGAUCUGGGAUCGGUGAAGGAGGUGAUGAUCGGCUGCUGCGAUCGCGACCGAGAGGCUGAUCUCAGGAGCAUCUGCAAGAGAUACGGCCUACCGGGCUCCGACUCCUGUAUCGGCCUCAUGUAUGGAUCGAAUCUUCCGGACAAUCGACUGAUCUUCCUACUCUGCCCCCCCGCCCUUAGCAAAAUAUGGUAUAUGGGAUUAUGCUGGAUACUGCGAGGCCUCAAACGACAACAGCAAUUAACAGAUCGUAGAUCACGUUGGUUGAAAGAAAAAUAUCUCCAAUUGUAUUUUUCCUACUUCGAACAAUCGAUGGAAGGCUUAGAACAGCCGACGACAGCCGACGCUAUACGCGUUUUCGGCGGUCGCGACUGGUCCAUGACAGAAAGUGUUGGUACACUAUCUCCAACGAGCAGUAGCACUCUACGUAGACGAAACGUUAAAGGCAAAAAGACGAAAUCGAUUGGCAAUAUUCAUGCUUUAACCAAGGAUUUGAGUUUUAAACAAUAUGAUAUGUCCUCGACCUCGGAUGGGGGUGUAUUGACUACAUCUCUUCGUCACAUUACGGGGAGUAGAGAAUCCCUAACAAGGAUCCUACCAGCAUCACCAAGAGCUAGUCGAGACAGAAUUCCACCGCGUAGCCCGCCCGCUUCCGCUGAUCGUAUCGUCGCUUCCUUGCCUUACUCCACUUUCCACAAUCUGUUAUGUGUUGCCAGAGAAAAGGACAAGAACGGAUCAGGUGGUAUACCUGGUGGCUCAGAGGCUCCAUGGCAGGUGAAAGCGCGCACCACUUCGAUCAUGUACGAAACGCAAUUGAACUUUGUGGAGUUCGUCGCGCUUUUCCGAUCGUUCAGCUUACGAGCUAGGAAAGAUUUGCGAGAUUUAUUCGGCCAAUUAGCGAUCACGUGUCGUAGUCAAAGUGACGGAUCAUUAAGGGACUUUAGCAUGCGUCCAGCGGUGCUCAGACAAGCCAGCGACGCCACUCCGCAAAGAAUCGGUUUGCUGACAAGGAACAACUCUAUUGACUGUCAUGAAUAUAAGACAAGUAGCAACCUGCAGAAGAAGCAGAUCUUUGAUGCAGUCGCGGCGGCAAGCAUAGUUAAUAAUUGCUCCGGCGUGGACACAUCGAAAUCUCAAGUAAUCACUCUGGCGACGUUUACGAAAUUCCUUGAGUCUCGGCAACAGGAAAAAUUGAACGAUGACGAAAUCAAGGCACUUAUUAAGAGACACGAGCCGGAUCCGGCACUUCGCACACAAUGGUGUUUGUCUUUCGAGGGUUUUGCGCGAUAUAUGAUGGACAAGGACAAUUACGCCUUUCCGAACGAGUACGCGACACCGUCCGAAACUGAAAUGCAGCAGCCCCUGUCGCACUAUUACAUCGCCAGUUCCCAUAAUACUUAUUUAACCGGGCAUCAACUCAAAGGAGAAUCCUCUGUGCAAUUAUAUUCACAGGUGCUCUUAACCGGAUGUCGCUGCGUGGAGCUCGAUUGUUGGGAUGGUGACGAUGGGUCCCCGCUGAUUUAUCACGGUCACACAUUCACUACCAAAAUACCAUUUCGAUCGGUCGUGGAAGCAAUCGAUCGAAGCGCCUUUAUCACUUCCCCUUAUCCCGUGAUCCUCUCCAUCGAGAACCAUUGUUCGCCAAGUCAACAAGCUCGCAUGGCUCAGAUAUUUCAGUCCGUUUUCGGCGAGAAAUUGGUGACAAAAUUUCUCUUCGAAUCCGACUUCGGUGAUGAUCCGCAAUUGCCUUCACCUUCGCAGCUUCGUUACCGAAUUUUGAUAAAAAAUAAGAAAUUGGUGAUCGAUCCUACCGGACCGUUGUCGCAUACGCCUCUUAGUCAUCGUGGAAAAAUGCUCAUGUCGGAUCGUGCAUCCUCUAUGAAGCAAAUGCGAACUGACGUGAGCAGCACGUCGGUGGUCGAGUAUUUUAGCGAGGAUGAGGACGACGAAGAGGACGAUGAUGAGGACGAUAAUAUCGAUGAUAACUCGAUAUCGAGCUACGAAAGGUACCUAGGCAGCCAAGUACCGCACAGUCGUUUAAAAUCGGAUCCGGCGGUGGAUGACAAAUCGCAAAAACAGAGCAGUCAGAUAGCCAAGGAGUUGUCGGAUCUGGUGAUUUAUCUGCAGGCGAUUAAAUUUCGCGGAUUGAACACCGCGCCCGGGACGGCGGGGCCGGGAAAAAUACGACAUCAGUCGCAUACGGGGCCGGUUCAGAGGCACAGUAUCGCCGGUAUAGGACCCAGUAGCAUAGCAUCCUCUUCAGGAUCGCCGCAAUCUCUGUCGACGUCCGCCUCAAUCGCCAGCGGUGGUAGCAACAUCGAGAAUAUCUUCAGAUCGACUCGCGGAAUGCCAGCCUGCUUCCAAUGCUCGUCCUUGAACGAGAGCACAGCAAAAAAGAUUUGCAGGAAGCAGCCGUUAGGCGUAGUCGCCCACGCAGAAACUCAAUUGAUCCGAACGUAUCCUGCAGGAAUGCGUAUCGAUUCCACGAAUUUCAACCCUGUAAUAUUCUGGGCUUUCGGAAUUCAAAUGGUCGCGUUGAACUAUCAAACUGAUGACGCAGGACUGAAUCUGAACACAGCCAUGUUUGAGCAAAAUGGUCAAUGCGGAUAUGUUAGAAAGCCCUCGGUAAUGUGGGACAAAGGACACAUGAUGUACAGACGGUUCAAUCCUUGGGACAAGGAGUUUGACGGCCUGCACUCUGCACACUUGAGUCUGUCGAUAAUCUCAGGACAAUACGUCUCACCUACGAACCUCGUCACCAGCACGUACGUCGAGAUCGAGUUGGUCGGUAUACCGAUCGAUUGCGCGAAGCACAAGACAAAGGUCAUUCAGAACAAUACAUUGAAUCCCAUCUGGAAUGAGAAGUUCUGCUUCCAAGUAAUGUUCAAGGACCUCGCGUUUCUACGUUUCGGCGUGGUCGAGGCCAGUUCCCAUCAUCUGAUCGCGCAACGCGUAAUACCGCUCAAGUGUUUACGACCAGGUUAUCGACACGUACGAUUACGAUCUUGCAAGAAUAAGCCGCUCGCCCUGUCCACGCUUUUCAUUUAUUCUCGGUUGGAGGAGGAGAGUUUGGAUUAUAACACAUGCUGCCGCGAUCACAAGGAGUCGUCUAAGCGUCUCUCGUCGGGAAAAGAACCUGAAAAACUAAGUACGGUCGAUCCCGGCCUAGGUGGUGUCACCCUGAAGAGACGAAUGUUCUUUUUGAUGGUUUACCAUGUGAUACCGGAUGAGCCGUACACUAUUCUGAAAGUGACUCAGGAGAGUACCACGCAAGAAGUAAUGCUGCAGGCGUUACAGAAAGCCGGGAUAUCGCCCGAUCAUGUAGACGAAUACAUCUUAGUGGAGGAAGUGUCUCGCGGGUGGGAGAAAAGAGACAGAGAGGAAUUGCCGACUCAACGCGUACUGGAUCCUACCGAACGUCCUCUUCAGGCACAGGCCCUGUGGAAGGGUCAAGGUCGCUUCCUUCUGAAGCGAGUGGGCGACGAUCCGAGCAGCAGAGCUUGGCUCGCCUCCAUCAGGAGCACGGCUGGCCAUUCGAAGCUCAACGAUUCCAACUCGAGGGACCAAUCCACUCACAUAUGGGACGAGGCGGACACCUUCCUCGUCUGCAUCUACAACGUCUCGCCAGAGAUCCCUUACGCGAUUCUACGUGUGCCGGUGAGCAGCUCGGCGCAGGAUGUAUUGGCGCAAGCUCUGAUAAAGGCUAGAAGAAUGGAAAACCCGUCCAAGUUCGCCCUGGUCGAGGAGCUGGAAUGGGGCGGCGCCGGUGCUGUCGGCAGCGGAAAUCGUCAGCUCAGAGUGUUGAACGACGACGAGAACGUUUACAGCACGCAAGCGUUCUGGAAGACCCUCGGCAGAUUCAUCCUCAGGGAAAGAGAGCAAGCUAUUCCGAGACGGCACUUAUUCCCCGCUACCCUCGAUAGAAUCAGCAAAGGAUUUUCCGUCGGUAGAUCGGUAUCCCUGCCGGGAUCGAGCAAGGAGAAGGUACCAGUUUCGGAAGCACUGUCGGAUCCGACUUCGAGAGGCCUGAGACAUCGACUGCUUAUAUCAGGACGUAGACGAGAAGUUCAUUCCGACGGGGAGGACACGCGCGAAUUCGAUAUACCGAACGCCGUUCUUCACUUGAAAAAGGUCUCGUUAAGGAAAUUGAGAGUUUGGAAAUCAUAGUGGCAGUCUAGGGCGACGUCGAUAUCAUCGAUCUUCGCCGCUCGGAGAAAUCAAUUAUAAGCUUAUAAUCCAAUUAAUAUGAUCGGAAGCUAAUCUCGACCUUGACGAAACGAUUCAUGCUGCCGAGGAAUAAUCUCAAACGGAAGUAAGAACUUGAGGAAAUCGAAGGAUCUUACAUUGUCGAGAAUCUUCGCGAUACAAGUAUCACGAACGAAGAAAUUACAAUCAGUAAGUCUUUAAGUCAAAUGAUGAUAGGAUCAGAAUAUUUAAAUAUCAUCGCGUUACUAAAAAAAAUAUCAGACAGCGCAUUUUUAUCAUGCGGCGAUAUUAUACAAGAAAAAAUAAAACUCUGAGAAUUAGCAAAUACAAAAAGUAAAAGAAAAAAAUAUUUGUCUCUUCGAAAAAUAUCAAUGAAAAUAACACGAGAUAUUCUUAGUUAUUCGAUUACGGGCAAUUAUCUUCGCGCUAUGAUACUUGAUAAAGAUAUCAGAUUAAUAAAGUCAUUGUCGCUGUAAAGUCAACGUUGAUAAAUCAGAUUUUCUUAAGAAAAAUGGGCGAUACCGAGAAGAAGACUAAUUAUGUCGCCGUUUUUAAAAAUUUUUUAAGAAUCUUAAUAUACACACAUAUAUAUAUAUAUAUAUAUAUAUAUAUAUAUAUAUAUAUAUUAUAUAUAGAAUGUCUGAUCUCUCUGCAGCAACGAUCGCACAAUCAUUAAGUGGCAAAGCGACGACUCUUGGGUCCCCUUGAUUUUUCUGACAAGCAUUAGCCGAGCAUUAAUACGGACAUAUUAAUUUUGUGUUGCGUGUGGCAGUAAAAAGUCGUCAGACGCGAGUUGGCGUGUAAACUGCCGCGUCUAAUCGACGCGCUGGCGUGUCGAGAGAAAAGAUUAGUGCCACGUCGCGUCUGAAUUUAUUAUUUUUGUACAACGAAUAAAAAGAGAGCGAGAUCGCGCCGCGCGAUCCCUUAAACAUUUUGCCAAACGACGUAUGAUUCUAAGUAGAUCAGUAACAUCGCGACAAUUCGUAUGUUAAGACAUAUUGGAAGUGCUUCCUGUUUGAAUGUGUUUCCGUUUGAAACAUAUCGGACAGAUCCUCUGUCUGUCUUGAUCGAUACCAAUCAUAUCCACAAAGAAGUCCGCAGUUCUUUACGCGACUUCUCAUCAUUUAUAAGCGCAUCGUCUUUAUCAUUUACGUUGUACCUGAAAUGUUUUACAUUGAUACAAGUUGCGCUUUCACGAGAGGGAGUAAAAAAAUUAAAUAUAUCGCUGUUAUCGCAUUUUAUUUGAUCGCUCUAUUAAUGUUGAUAACCAUUUUUUUGCAUCUAGUCAAUCAUGUGAUAAGGAAUUUGAGUAAAAUCCGAUAAGAGCAUCGUAAUGUAUAAUGGAAGUUGCUACUUAAAAGAGAAAGAGGGGAAAAAAAUAGAGAGAGAGAGAGAGAGAGAGAUCGUAUUUACUAUAUAUUGUUAAUGCUAGAGGGUAGAUCGAUGUUGCAUUCUCGAUUACCGUCCCUCUCUCCUAACUGUCUUAGUGAGCGUAUAUAUACGUAGAUUGUAAAUAAACGAGACCAAGGAGUGUCGAUGAAAAUUCGCGUUCGAGUGUGCUAUCUACUUCUAUUAAAUUAUUUUUUUCACGCAAAAAAAACAUUCGGAUGCGUAUCGUCGUACACUCGAAACCGUCAGCCUAAUUUUCUCGAAAAUAAUUUUGCUAACGUUAAUUACCUAAUGAGAAACACAAUACGGAAUCUGACGUCACAAAUCAGUGAGGUCGCGAACAGACUCUUGCCCCGUGUCUUCCACACGAGUCCUCCGAAUCGUUUCAGAUAUUUUAUAUUAUAUUCCCGAGACGCUCCUACAGAUUGAGAUUUCUUUCAAUAUGAAAAAAAAAAGCUGGAUCUUUUUAGGACCGCUUAAGAAAUAUAUAUUCGAUACUACCCCUGUACACCCUUUCCCCCCAAAAUGAUUCGCGACUUCACUGAAGAUUAUAUUUUUGGAUACUACUUCCUUCUCCUUACCUCAUCUUUUCGAAAAAUACAUAUAAUCACAUAUCCACGAGAGACCAAACGCAGGAAAAACAAACAAAUGGAAUAAAAAAAAAAAAACAACAAGAGACGCAAGCACGCAGGCCAAUUAUAUUUGUAUAUACAUAUAUCUCUUCGAGUAGAUAAAAAAUAAUAGAGAAACGUCGUUCGAUAAAGUAAUAUCUUUAGAGGUUGUAUAUCUUUAGAGAUUGGUACAGUUUGAUGAACGCGAUCGUCGCUAGCCACGAGAAAAAACUAUCUAAUUGGUCCGAUACAACUUGUAAAUCAUAUCAUUGAAGAGAAGCGAGACAUGGGCCGAUUAUAUUUAUACGCGUAGAUGCCGUUAAAUUACAAUUGUCGUACCACAAAAUCAUUUUCGCAGACACGUAGAUCAAACUAUAAUUAGUAUCUAAUUUAUAUGAUAAUUUAUAUCAUAUAUCUAUCAGUGUACUUGACAAUAUCACGAGUGACGAGUAAUAAAUCCCCCACAAUUUCUUAAAAAUAUUUUUCACUUUUCCCGCUUAAUUCUUAAAAAAAGAUAAUAUUUUCAUAUCUGGAUAAAUUUCAAUUGGUUUUUUGCCGACGUAUUUUAUAUAUAUACUCUCUUUCUUUUUCGUCAAAAAAAAAUAUUUUUCUUCUCGUACGGUUUAAUAAAUUUAUAUAAAUUUUAUUACACACACAUAUCCAUACACAAACACAUUGCGAAAAAAAUUUCCCAAAUGUCAACGGCAAAAGACUAACAUUUAUAAAUUGCAAAAGUGCAACAACUUGGCAAGUGCAACAAAUAUCACGUUAUGUACAUAGUAACGAACAAUGGCUACUAAUAACGUUAAUUACUCUAAUUAAUGUUCGACGCUCCUUGGACCUCCGGCUAAACCCCCGCAUCGACAGAAUCAUCGAGUAUAAACAGACAGUGUUUAUCAAACGUUACAUCUCGGUUGCAAACGUUGUAAACAUUUGUUGUGCCGCCGUAGGAUGUUGCAACGAGUUGCACGUAAUUGCCAAUUUCGCCUCCGAAAGCAUGGGCAUCGUUCAACAGAAAAUUAAUACCUGUAAAAUCAUAAUCGAGUUUUUUUAGCCAUUUUAACUUUGACUUCAAUUUAACAUUUUAACUAUUACGUGAACAUUUUGAUCUUUCAUAAUAUUAUAAAUUUUAGAAGAUUAUAGAAGGGUGAUAUAUAAUAUAUAAAGUUAUGUGAAUUAUCUUUACUUUAUUAAAUAAAGAUAAGAUUAAUGAUAAUGUUAUUUAUCCAUGAUAAAAACAUGUAUAAAUGAUUCAAAUAUAAACUUAUGAAUUCAAGAAUUUAUUUUGAAAAAAAUUAGUUUUAAUCGCGAUAGAGUUAAUAGCAUUGCAAUUUGAACAAAAUGUAUUUAAUAUUAUUUUAUUAUCGCUUAUAUAUUAUAUACCAUAUAAUACAAAAUUAAAUACCAAAGAGAAGAAACCAUUUUGUAAUUUCUAUUUUAAUGAUUUAGUGUGUGGACUGGAUAUAUUACUUAGCAUUUGCAUUAGUAAAAAAAAAAUAUAUUCUUUAAAAAAAAAAAAAAAUAUGUAUAAUAUAAUAUGAGAAAUAACGAAAUUUUAAUACAUCAUAAUUACAGAAAUAAUUUAUUUAAAAACACAUUUUUUCCUUUUUAUAUUAUUAUUUAUUAUCUAUUUUUAGAUAAAAUUUGGUCUUUCAAGUAAAGACAAAAAAUAAAAAAUUUAUACGUUCUUUCUUUCUUAUCUUAUAACGAUAUUCAACGGCACCCAUGCUCGAUUUCAACGAUUUCAAACCCUUUGUCCGCUAUCCCUUCUCUCUUCGAGGCCGACUUGAAAAGACUCAUUGAACGUUAAAAGCGGCGUGCGCACGAAACGGUUACUUCUUAAUAUUUUUGGGACCAUUCUGAUUAAGGACACUAUCGAACAAGUUUCCAGGAGCUGCGUAAACAAUUCAGUAUUAAUUCUCCUUGUUUGUUCGCUGGUCGAAAAUACGAUCCGCACGAAGAAAGGAGGAGAAAGACAAAGCGCGAAAGACGAAAAACGGACAAGAACAAAAACCGAAACAGAAAGAUCAUCCUCGAGAAGAUCGAGCAAAAAACCAAAUGAUGCUAACGUGUCGGCCGGGCAUAUCCCUAAUUGUACAUAUCCGUGAUUCUUCGAUAGCUGUUACGUUGAUAUAAAAAAAAAAAACGCGCGCAUAUACAUAUACAUAUAUAUAUAUAUAUAUAUAUAUAUAUAUAUAUAUAUAUUAUCGUACAUAUAUACAUACGUAUUAUUCUCGAAAGGCCAUCGAGCCACGCGCUGCAUUUUUGUACGUGGCGUAUUUCGGAGCCAAAGAAAAAAAAAUGUCUUUAAUCGAGACGAAAAAUGCGAUAGAUAGUAAAUGAGGCGGAGCGAUUAAAAAAAAGAAAAAAAAAAGGAAAAAAAGAACAGGAAAGAAAAAUUGAUUAAUUAAUGCACACAAGCGAUGCAUGUUGUCGCAAUCGGGCUGGCCCGACUAUGCGCGGUGCGUCGAUCUCUAAUCGAGAUAUAAAUACGAUACGAGAUGUCUCUUUUUUCAUAAGUGUAAACUUUAUCACAUACGUAACGCAUUUAUCUUGUAAGCGAUUGCUGCCCCCCGCUCUCUCGUCGACGGUUUUCUCCGGCUCAUCGAAACAUGAUGUACAUCACUACGACCGUUGGCAAAAAUUAUAUAUGCGAGUUAACGAACUGUGCAGUAAUUAGUUAAAUCGCCGAAUAAUAAUAAUUAUAUAAUUAUCUCAAAAAGGGCUUGUCUUCGAAUCACCAGAUCAGUUAUUGUCGUUUCUUGCCUACUUCCAAAGCGUUCAUCUUGUUCAAUGAUUUAGCCUACUCUUCGAUUCAAAUUAAUCUACUAUGUUAAAAAGUAAUGUUGUAAAAAAAUACGGAAAAGAGCACCGCUGUUCUAUUCGCAAUUCUUUCAAGAAACAUAUAUUUUUAUAAUCAGUAAUAUUUGAAUUCGAUUUAAAUAAUUUUGACAUCGUGUUGACAUAAUGUUGACAUUUGUGUGUGUGAUAUCUUUUAUUCUAUUUCUAAUUAAAUAUAAAUCUUCGACAAUGUUAUCGUUGUGUGUGUAUAUGCACGAAAGAUCACACUUUUUGUAAAAUUCAAACAUGAGUUUGAUUAAUAUAAAAGAGAAAAGAAAUUCUUCUUUGUAAUAUAUUUUCGAUCUAUGAGAUAGAUAUUAUUAAACAAUGCGCCACUACAUAUUCAGGUAUUAUAGUCACCGUGGAGUCACGUAUGAUAUUCGAAGACGCAAAAGUGGACGCAAGAGGUUGUAAGGCAAAAAAAAAUAUUAUUGCUAAACAAAAAAAAACUUUUUCCCUAGUACGCAUACAAUAUGCCGUAGCAUUUCUCUCGUCACAUUUAAGUGGCAAUUAUUGCAAAAUAAAAAAGGACAUUAUACGAGUAGCAGCUAACAUUAAAUAGAAUUCUCUUUGGCGUUAUUACAUAAACAUUCGAGUAGCCUCCGUUCUCGUUUCGAUAAACAAAGAAAAGCAUGUAAUACCCGUUAAACAAAUAAAAUGAAGCAUGCGACCAUCUUGGAACUUAUAGCGAAUUUACUAUUACAAUAAUAUAUUAAUACUAUUGACAUUGUUGAGGAAAAGGAUCUACAUGUAAAUAAACAUAAAAAGCAUUUUUAUAAAUAA